AUGGAGAAGGGGACCCGCCGCUUCCCGACCCGCCACGCCGUUUUCCUCGCCUGGACAUGGCUCUUACUUCUCUCUUGGUGUUGCACCGGCGCUGAGAUAACUUGCAGAUCCUGCUCGUCUCCGUCGCCCGCCUGGCCUCGCCUCGGGCAGGAGCAGCGCCCGGGCUGGCGGGGCUCGGAGCCGCGGGGCCGCUCGGGGCCGCGGGGAGCGGCGGGGGCGGGCGGCGGGGCAGCGCGGAGCCGGCGGAGCAGCGAGGGGCGCCGGGGGGCGGCGGCCGAGGGGCAGCGCGGGGCCCGGGCUCAGCCCCGCCGGCCCGCGGAGGAGGGGAGAGCGGCGAGGCUGCGAGGGGCAGAGGAGACCAGGCUGAGCAGCACCGCCUUCGCGCUCACCGGGGAUGCGGCGCACAACCAAGCCAUGGUGCACUGGUCCGGGCACAACAGCAGCGUGAUUCUCAUUCUGACAAAACUCUACGACUUCAACUUGGGGAGUGUUACGGAGAGCUCGCUGUGGAGGUCAACAGACUAUGGGACUACCUAUGAAAAGCUAAAUGACAAAGUAGGCCUGAAGACUGUGCUGAGCUACCUUUAUGUCAGUCCCACUAACAAGAGGAAGAUCAUGCUUCUUAGUGAUCCAGAGAUUGAAAGCAGCAUCCUCAUCAGCUCUGAUGAAGGAGCUACCUACCAGAAGUACCGUCUGAACUUCUAUAUUCAGAGCUUGCUCUUCCACCCCAAGCAGGAGGAGUGGAUCUUGGCCUACAGUCUAGAUCAAAAGCUUUACUGCUCCAUGGACUUUGGAAGAAAAUGGCAUCUCAUGCAUGAGCGGGUCACUCCAAACAGGUUUUACUGGUCGGUGACCGGUUUGGAUAAAGACCCUGACCUUGUGCACAUGGAAGCGCGGACAGCUGAUGGAUACACACACUAUUUGACCUGUCGGAUUCAGGAGUGUUCGGAGACCAAAAGGACUGGGCCGUUUUCACGCUCCAUUGACGUCAGCUCCCUUGUUGUUCAGGAUGAAUAUAUUUUCAUCCAGGUGACGGCUGGUGGAAGAGCAAAUUACUACGUGUCCUACAAAAGGGAGCCUUUUGCACAGAUUAAAUUGCCCAAAUACUCUCUUCCUAAGGACAUGCAUAUUAUCAGCACAGAUGAGAAUCAGGUGUUUGCAGCUGUUCAAGAGUGGAACCAGAACGAUACGUACAAUCUGUAUAUCUCAGACACCCGCGGGGUGUACUUCACCCUGGCCUUGGAAAACGUGAAAAGCAGCCGAGGACUGGAGGGGAAUGUCAUCAUUGACCUUUAUAAGGUAGCAGGGAUCAAAGGCAUAUUCCUGGCAAACAAGAAGAUAGAUGACCAAAUCAAGACUUUCAUUACCUACAACAAGGGCAGAGACUGGCGUUUACUGGAGGCACCAGACACCAAUCUAAGAGGGGAGCCUGUAGUUUGCCCGCUGCCCUUUUGCUCCUUACACUUACAUCUGCAACUCUCAGAGAAUCCGUAUACUUCGGGAAGCAUUUCCAGCAAAGAGACAGCUCCUGGGCUGCUGGUGGCAACUGGCAAUAUUGGCUCUGAGCUUUCCUACAAUGAUGUUGGUGUAUUCAUCUCUUCUGAUGGUGGAAAUUCCUGGAGACAGAUCUUCGAGGAGGAAUACAAUGUGUGGUUUCUGGACUGGGGAGGGGCACUAGUAGCCAUGAAACACACGUCAGUGCCCAUCCGGCACAUGUGGGUGAGUUUUGAUGAGGGAAGAUCCUGGAGUAAAUACAGUUUCACAUCAACACCACUUUUUGUGGAUGGAUCCCUUGUAGACCCUGGCAUAGAGACCCAGAUAAUGACAGUUUUUGGGCACUUCAGUCUCCGUUCUGAGUGGCAGCUGGUCAAGGUGGACUACAAGUCUAUCUUCAGCCGAAGAUGUAACAAAGAUGACUACCAAACCUGGCACCUGCACAAUCAGGGGGAGCCUUGCGUCAUGGGAGAGAGGAAGAUCUAUAAAAAACGCAAGCCUGGAGCCCAGUGUUACCUGGGUCGAGACUAUUCCCGAACUGUGGUGUCUGAACCAUGUGUCUGUGGUCAAAGCGACUUUGAGUGUGACUAUGGGUAUGAGAGAUACAGCAACAACCAGUGUGUUCCAGCCUUCUGGUUCAGCCCAUCCUCCCUGUCCAAGGAUUGCAGCAUUGGUCAGAGCUACUUGAACAGCACUGGGUACCGAAGGAUUGUGUCUAACAACUGCACAGACGGCUUGCGAGAGAAGUACAUGGCCAAGGUGGAGAAGUGCCCUGGAAAAGCACCUCGGGGACUGCACAUCCUUACUUCUGAUGGAAAGUUGGUCACAGAGCAGGGACACAAUGCCACCUUCAUUAUCCUUAUGGAAGAGGGUGAUCUCCAAAGGACAAACAUUCAGCUUGAUUUUGGAGACGGAAUUGCAGUAUCCUAUGCUAAUUUCAGCCCUGUUGAGGAUGGCAUCCGGCACGUCUAUAAGAGUGCUGGAAUCUUUCAGGUGACAGCAUACGCAGAGAACAGCCUGGGCUCUGACACUGCUGUCCUUUUCCUGCAUGUGGUCUGUCCAGUGGAGCACAUCCAUCUGAGUGUCCCCUUUGUCGCCAUCAGAAAUAAGGAUGUCAACAUUACUGCAGUUGUUUGGCCCAGCCAGGCAGGCACACUUACCUACUUCUGGUGGUUUGGUAACAGCACCAAGCCCCUGAUCACCCUGGAGAGCAGCAUCUCAUACAUCUUCACUAUGGAGGGGAUGAACACUGUCACUGUACAAGUUGCUGCGGGCAACACUCUCAUCCAAGACACCAAGGAGAUCGCAGUGCACGAAUAUUUCCAAUCUCAGCUGCUAUCAUUUUCUCCCAACCUGGACUACUAUAACCCUGACAUCCCUGAAUGGCGACAAGACAUUGGCAAAGUCAUCAAGAGAGCUCUGGGACAGGUGACUGGUAUCCCUGAAGAACAGAUCUUGGUAGCUGUAUUUCCUGGGCUGCCUACUUCUGCUGAACUCUUCAUACUGCCCCGUAAAAACACAACAGACAGGAGGAAAAGCAGUGAGGCUGAUCUGGAGCAAGUGGUAGAAAUCCUUUUUAAUGCUCUCAACCAGAACCUGGUCCAGUUUGAACUGAAGCCUGGUGUUGAAGUCAUUGUGUAUGUUACUCAGUUAACAUUAGCACCCCUUGUUGAUUCCAGCACGGGUCAUAGUAGUUCAGCAAUGCUGAUGUUAUUGUCCGUGGUCUUUGUAGGCUUGGCUGUUUUUUUGAUCUACAAAUUCAAAAGGAAAAUCCCUUGGAUUAACAUCUAUGCCCAGGUUCAGCAUGACAAGGAGCAGGAAAUGAUUGGUUCUGUCAGCCAAAGUGAAAAUGCCCCCAAAAUCACUCUGAGUGAGUUCACAGACCCUGAGGAGCUGAUGGACAAAGAGCUGGACACACGAGUGAUGGGAAGCAUCUCAACAAUUGCCAACAGUGAAAGCACAAAGGAAAUCCCCAACUGCACUAGUGUUUAAUACUGAGAAUCCACUUGGUCUACAAGAUUUCUGACUUUUUAUUUGUAAUUAUUAUUGUUAUUAUUAUGAAAAAAAGAAAGAGCUAUAUGUCAUUAUUAUAAUUUGGGAGGGGAUGGGGUGGGGUUUUUCUGUUUACUAGGGCUGCAUUCAUAAAUAGCAGGGGUUCUUCAUAUUUGGGAUGCUCAUCAGAUUAGACAGAAAAAGCAAAGAAUGAGUCAAAUGUGCAGUGGGAUUUGAAUGCCAACCUCCUGUUAAAUACAGAAUGAGAAUUAAGUACUCAAAUCUAAGAGGUAGGUAUAGUACCUUAGGUGACAUGUUGUAGGUAAAUUGUCCCUUUUCAGUCAUUUUCAAAAUAAUUCAUGAAUCAGCUGCUUCAUCCUGCCAGAGGGCUCAGGCUGGGUUGUUGGACCAGGCUCUGCAACAUGCCAACAGCCCUCGCUUUCCAAUGACAUGCAUGUCUCAGCUUUUUGCAAGAUCUUGCCUCUUUUAAUUGCUUUUAAUUUCAGUCACCCUCUGGCAUGGUGACUGCUGAGAAAGGAAACGAAAAUCAGAGCAAAUACACACAUCAGCAUUCCUUGGACUGUGGAUUGGCUGGAGGGGACACCACCACAAGCAAUGAAGGAGCACGCCCGAGUUUAUGAAUGCAGCCCAAACCCCGUGCAUGUGAAUAGCGAGGAUGCCGAAGGCCUAUUGUAGAUAAUUACAAUGUACAUAGCUUUUUAUUUCUUGGGAAAUAACUUAAUGUUUAGUAAAAGAAGAUAUGUUUAAAACAAAAUCUGAACCACAUGCACACAGGCACGCACACAAACACAUGUGCGCUCACACAUGUGCACGUGCUUGUACACGCUAACCACCCAGGGACUGUGGUGAGCACUUGAAUCACACUUUGGUUCUAAGCGUGUUCCAGUUGUCUGUCGUAUUUCAAUCUGACAUUGCUGCACAUAAAGAGCAUAGUUUAUUUCUCUCUAUAUAACUGCAAGCCUUUUCUUUUCUUUUAUAUAUAUAUAAAAGAAUAUAUAAUUUCCUGUGAUGGAGAAGGAAAAGUUAUUAACAGGACAGAAUUUAAGUUGGUUAUUAAUAUUUUAAUUAUGUUCAUCAUCUGUUCACCUCUGUCAGUGUUGUCCACUUCUGAGAAGGAUGUUGGUGACAUCCAUUAGGGAAAAUGAGGAAAACAAACACUGAAUUAUCACUGAAUUAUCAUCUCAGUGUAGGCAAAUAUCAGUGUCCUUGCACUACUCAGUACAACCUCAACUCAACAGUGGCCCAGGUUGCAGUAGCUUUGUUCCCAGUGAGAAGUCAUGCUUUUAGCAGUUAACGUGCUGGAGUACAGUGCUGUUCAGGAUGUGUAGGAGUAGUUAAUUUUGACUGGACAUGAUGCUUGCAAUUAGGGACCGCUCUUUGGAGAGGGGAUGCAGGGUUAGACCUGCAUAAAUGAGCUAGGAAGUCUUUCUUAUGAGUGCUGUGCAAUAGUUGCUUACAAUUUUGGAUGGAAAUGCCAUCAGAGCAAUUUUUACAUGGUGGCUUAGUACUUUCUGAUUAGAACAAGGAAAUUAAUGAAGGAAAGAUAGUGAAAAUGCACUUUGGGAAUCUUCUAGCAUACUGAGUUGAGGAUAGCUCCUAGGAAUGGUGGUGUUUUGGGGCAGGAGUUUGAUUUAGUGGCAAGUUAUUUUUAUCCGGUACUGGUUUUUAUGAAGUACUAAAGUUAAAUAUUCAGUUCCUCUGCUCCUCCAUUUCAGUCAGGCUUGUGGGCCAGAAUUUUCUGUUGAUUUAAAAAAAUUUCUUUUCUGUUUCUGCCUCACUUUUCUGCUCUGAUUUGUAAUAUAAGCUGGAGGAUGGUAGCUGUCUUUUUCUAGCUACAGUUGAGUUUCCAUCCAUCACACAUGCAUAAACUGUUGCAUUACUAUCUCUGUCAUACUGAAACAACAAAGUAGUUUACAGUAAUGGUCCAGUCUGGUGAUAACACUGCUAGCACAAGGCCAUAGAUUCGCAUUUAAGUGUAGACAGGAGGGUUGUACAUAAAAAAUGAUCCCGAAGGCCUUGAGCAAAAUUGUGGGCUGAACUCAGUCUUUUCUGAUCAUUAGGGUUUGAAGGACUGCUUUUGUGAGCUGCUGCAGAGAACUGGAUGAUAAAUACUCAUUAUUUUCCGUAUUAACUUUUAUAAACCAGAAGACAAAGUGAAAAAUUCAUUGUUGUGUAGAAUUUUCUGUUAUGGAUUGUUCUGAUGUUGAUUUAAAAAGAAAGACAGGGGAUUACGAUUUUCACAAUUUCUUUUCACAGCUUUUUGCAAUUGUUUUAUGAUUUUCCCUUGACACUCUUAAAGGUGGUUGUUAAAUAUCUCAUAACAGAUAGAAGGAAACAAGGAGGAAAAAUUGGGAGGCAGUUGCUCAAAAAAUGGAAAUCUUUUCAUUUAUCAAAAAGAAAUUUGAUGUCAAUGAAGGCUGAGGAGUUUCUGAAUAUCACAGAGACAUUACAGUUUCUGAACAUUACAACAUUUUUGGAGAAACAUCUGUCCAGAAAACCAUUUGCAAUGCAGAAUUAUCCUAAAGGCACUAGAAAGCAGACAAACAAAAUUAAUGGAUCCAAAAAUUAAAUGUCAGAAAACCUGCCCGAUUCUUGAGUUGGCUCAUACUUGGUCUUCUCUGAGACUUAGUGGGUAUCACUACUUAUCAGAGUAGUUUGUCACACUCUUGUCUGGACUAGAGUGUGCUCCAGGCACAUCUAGAAAGAGCUUACUAGGAUGUACAUAGUUCCACAAUUGCCAGAUUGUGUGUGCUGCAUUAGAGUACAGCCACAGUUGAUGGCAGCUGAAAAAAGCUUGUAUCUUAGUGAGACACCCAGGGCUGAGAUGUUUGGAAGGUGUUGAGCUGCAGCAUUGGCAUAGUAUAUAUACAUAUACAGGAGUACAUAGUAUAUAUAUAUAUAUACAGGAGUAUUGGGCACUUUUCUUUGUAUAUCUUAUGCUGGGAAAGAACGACUUGGGCAUGUCAUUAGGGUUUUUUUCCCCUGCAACUUAUAGUCCUGAGAAAAAUGUAAUGGAAGUCCUUGAGACUUGAGAUGAUUAUUUUCCUGAAUAAGGAGGGAUAGAGCCACUGCAAUGAGUAGAAUGUAAAUAGCUCCCACAUUGUAGUUGUGUAUAAAGAGGAAAAGAAAAAGAGAGUGAGUAAGAAACUGGGUCAGUGCCCUCUAUCACUGCCAGCCCUUCCCUCAUGAUGGAUUUUGUUGUAUUAGCUAUAAUUUAGGAAUAGUGCAUGAGACCUGGAGACUAGAUGCAGCUUUUGGCUCUGUAUGGCUGUAAAUCUUAUGUAAAUUCCCAAUGGAUCCUCCAUUUAGUUUAACCUGUGCUUGAGAACCCCAACACUAAGCCUGGAAAGCCUGGAAAGACUGGAGAUGAGGCUAGAAUGACUGAGAACUACAGACUCUUUCAAUUACAGUUGCCACCAAUAAGAGCAUGUGCAGGAGAGUGGGAGUUUUCUUUUGGACUAAGCUUUGGUUUCAGGGAUGUGUGAAAAUGGCCUAUUCUCCUCUCUUUCUGUUCCCACACAUGUUCCAGGUCUGAAAAACAAGACCAUAAUCCUCACGUCCCUUCUGAUGGUGUUGGACAGUGCAUUAAACCCAAACCACCAUAAUGGUUUUAAAGGAUUGAAUGAGGCAGACAAUUGCAAUACCUGUAUUGAACACAGUAAUACAAAUGCAUGAGUCAUAUAUAUACAUAUAUAUACUGUUCUUGGUUUUAUUGUUCCAUUUGAAUAUUUCUACUGUAAA